AGUGUUUACCUGUAGAGUUCCCUUUGCGCACUUAAUAUUUCAUACGUCAAAAAUAUCUUACCUUUUCGCACCGUGUAUUUGCGCAGAUGUGCCAGCAUGUCCGAGGGCGACGCGCAGGAAGCAGCCAGCGAGGAGAUCGAGAAACAGGGGUCCCUCUACGUGUUCCCGGGUGCGGGUCGCCCCAGCUGUACGACGUCGUCGUCAUCGUCGACAUCGACGGCGUCCCUUCAGCCGCUGUCGUCGUUCCUCCACGAUGGCGGCCACUCGACCACGAUCAGCACAACGAUGACGACCAGCAACACGACGACGAUGACGACCAGCACCACGACGACGAUGACGUCCACGUCGACGAAGAUCAGCAACGGCGACGAGGACGAGGACGCCGUAGAAGAAGUCACCUCGCCGGCCAGGAAGAGACCCUUACCGAAGACUCACGCGAGAUCGGCGAGCCAUGGAGGUGUCCUGGCGGAUUGCACGACCGGACGGCAGAUCUACGGGUCCUUCCUGGGUGCCCUGACGACGGUGGGAAGCGCCACGUCCGCGGGUCGACCGUCAGCGUUGAAGAAGCCGGGUCACCAGAGAGCCUUCAGCCAGGGUCAGGUGGCGGACGUGACGCAAGGCCAGUCGGCCGUAACGGGACACCAUCGCGUCGGUUCCAGAACGGACUUUAUCUUGCCUCCGGGCCACAGGGAAGAGGGCAGGCCGCCUACCGCCGGCAGGAUGCCUUCUUUUCGUGGCCAUUCUCGUCAGGCGUCCAGAUCGGAGUCUAUUUAUACGAUAAGACGUAGCGUUGCGCCCCCCUGGUGGAGAAGACUAUGGGCUCAUUGUUUCGGUCCAAUGCCGGAAGAGCCCCGCCUAAGGACAAUAGUACCGAAUCAUUUAAUCUCCCCGAAAACCCCGAAGAGACAGCAUCCUAAUGGAGAUAGGGCGGACAACAGGGUACGCACAACAAAGUACACGGCGUUGAGCUUCCUACCUCGUAACUUGCUGGAGCAGUUUCAUCGCGUGGCCAAUCUGUACUUCAUCUUCAUCGUCCUGCUGAAUUGGGUGCCGGCUAUAAAUGCCUUCGGCAAGGAAGUCGCUAUGAUCCCGGUCAUGUUCGUUCUGGGUGUUACGGCGCUUAAGGACUUCUUCGAAGAUCGCCGGCGUCUCGCCAGUGACCGGCGUGUGAACAAUUCCACCUGCCGCGUCUACGUUAGCGAAGGCGACAGAUACGUGAAGGUGGCGUGGAAGGAUGUCAAGGUGGGUGACCUGGUUCACCUCUCAAACAACGAACUGGUACCGGCCGAUCUUUUGCUUCUGAGGAGCAGCGAUCCUCAGGGAUUAGCUUAUCUCGAUACAUGCAACCUCGACGGGGAGUCGAAUCUGAAGCAACGUCAGGUCGUCAGAGGUUUCCUCGAUCUGCAGGAUACCUUUCAGCCUGUCAAGUUUCAGUCAGUAGUCGAGGUCGAUCAGCCAAGUACUAGGAUAUAUAGGUUUCAUGGAGCUGUAGUGCAUCCGAACGGUGGCAGGGUGCCCGUGUCCACGGAAAAUCUUUUGCUCAGGGAAUGUGUUUUAAAGAACACUGACUUUGUCGAGGGUAUAGUCAUAUACGCCGGUCACGAGACUAAAGCGUUGCUGAACAACGGUGGACCCAGGUACAAGCGUUCCCGUCUGGAGAAGCAGAUGAAUAGGGACGUGAAAUGGUGCGUGGUGAUACUGUUGGUCCUGUGCGUGAUCGGUGCGUUCGGCUGCCGAUUCUGGUUGUCCGCGUACACGGGCUUGACGGUGGUACCGUUUCUGCCGGUGCUGCAAGAACCGGUCUACGAGAGCAUCCUGACAUUCCUGACCUUCGUCAUAAUAUUUCAAGUGAUGAUACCGCUGAGCCUCUAUGUGACGAUCGAGAUGGCCAAGGUGGGACAGGUGUAUCACAUCGGCCACGAUCCGGCCCUCCACGACACGGAAACCGGCCGUAAGGCGGAGUGCCGCGCGCUGAAUAUCACGGAGGAACUAGGCCAAGUACAAUACGUUUUUUCCGACAAGACUGGCACCCUCACGGAGAACAAAAUGCUAUUCAGGAGAUGCGCGGUAGGCGGACAGGAUUACUCGCACAUGGGCGACAACGAGAAUCUGCUUCCGUGUCUACGGCUUAAAGAGGACCUACUUAUAAGUACAUUUCGACAUCGCUUACAGGAGUUUCUAAUUGUCUUGGCCACGUGCAACACGGUUGUCGUAAAUUCUCAACCGCAUCACGAUAUCAUGAACUCUAGUGGAGUAAUCGAGGAACCUCAAAAGAAUGGAACUGGUCUUAGAAGAAUAACAGACGCGGAUACCAAUUCAUUUCCGACCGCAAAUUCUCCGCCGGUACCGAUAUCUCCGAGCAACAGAAGUGUCCGCACUUUGUCUCCAGUGUCACCUGUAAUCAGCACGACGAAUACGUUCAACGAUACGCCAAAAUUUCCGUUUAAACUUUCCAGGCCAAAGUUGCUGAAUGUAACGUCGAUACCGAGCCUAGGCAUCGGUUUAUUGGGACGAAAACUUUCGCCGGACAAUCAGAAGAGACGUAGUCCAGACGCGAAAAACAGCGACGAGUUGCUACAACAUCAAGCGAUCUACGAGGCAGAAAGUCCGGACGAGUUGGCAUUAGUACACGCGGCGCGCGCUUACGAUGUCAAGCUGGUGAAACGAACGCCUCGCAGUGCAAUCGUUUCCUUUCCGGACAAAUCGACACUCGCGUUCGAGAUACUUCACGUGCUGCCGUUCGAUUCGAACAGGAAGUGCAUGUCGGUGUUACUUAGGCAUCCUCACACCGGAGAGAUAGUGUUAUACAGCAAGGGCGCUGACACGACGAUGUUGUCAGCGUUGUUGCCGAGCGACGAGAACACCGUCGCCUCGGCGAGUAUUCGACAGUACCUGCAGUCGUACGCGCGUCAAGGAUUGCGUACCCUGGUGAUGACGAGGAGAACAUUGACGUCGCAGGAGUACGAGAUGUGGCGGGAGAAGCACGAAGAGGCAGAACUGGCGACGGAGAAUCGCGAGCGUCGCAUACGCGAUUCGUACGCGAUGCUGGAGUCGCAGUUGAUCUUGCUAGGAGUGACUGGCAUCGAAGACAAGUUGCAAGUCGGCGUGCCUGAGACGAUGGCCGCUCUGGUUGCCGCCGGGAUCGUCGUAUGGGUUUUGACAGGGGACAAGCCUGAGACUGCGGUGAACGUAGCGUACUCGGCGCGACUCUUCUCGCCGGCUAUGCAGUUGCUGCAACUACAAGCGAGAUCGAAAUCCGUCGCUGAGACGCUGAUACGUGGCUAUCUGGAGUCGGCGUGCAAAGAGAGCGCGAACAAUGGCCAUCCGCAGCAAGCAGGCAUGAUCGGAGGUAUCGCGGAUCCCGUCGGCAUGUAUCCCAAUCGCGAUGCCACCGAGAGGGACGCCCAUAGAAUCGGCAGCCCGUGGCCACGGCAACGCGCGCUUGUCGUGGACGGUAAGACGUUAACUGUGAUCCUGGAUCCGCGAUCGGGCCUGACCGGUCCGUUCCUCGAACUCACGAAAACGUGCUCCAGCGUCUUAGCCUGCCGCGCCACGCCGUUGCAAAAGGCAUACAUAGUUCGCAUCGUUAAAAAGCAAUUGGGAAUGAGAACGUUAGCGAUCGGUGACGGCGCAAAUGACGUCAGCAUGAUACAGACCGCCGACGUGGGCGUCGGUAUCUCGGGACAGGAAGGUACGCAGGCGGUGAUGGCGGCGGAUUUCGCGGUUUCACGAUUUUCCAUGCUCAGCCGGCUUCUCCUUGUGCACGGACACUGGUGUUACGACCGUCUCGCCAGAAUGAUUUUGUAUUUCUUUUAUAAGAAUGCAACUUUUGUCUUCCUUGUAUUCUGGUUUCAACUGUACUGUGGUUUCUCCGGUGCCGUGAUGAUAGAUCAAAUAUAUUUAAUGCUAUACAACUUGCUGUUCACUUCGCUGCCACCUCUAGUUUUGGGCAUUUACGAUCGAGUCGCCUCGUCUCGCGUGUUACUCUCAGCACCGGAAUUGUAUACAAGAGGACGUCUGGGACUAGUUUAUCAGCCGCACUCGUUUUGGCUGACGAUCGGCGACGCUCUUUACCAAAGUAUCGUUAUCUUCUUUAUCACCAAAGAGGUUUACUAUGAUUCGAUUAUUGAUAUAUGGGAAUUCGGGACGACUAUUAUGAGUGCGUGCAUCGUCGUUAUGUUGCUACAUGCUGCCAUAGAAAUUAGAUCUUGGACUAUAAUUCAUAUCGGUGCCAUUUUGGGUUCCUUAGGCAUAUUCUUCGGAUUUUGCCUAUUCUACAAUUUCGUCUGCAUUAAUUGCAUGGGUUUACCCGGAUCGUUCUGGGUAAUGGAAAAAGCUAUUACGCAAUCUACGUACUGGUUCACUGUUUUACUUACGUCUGUCCUCGCGUUAAUGCCUAGGUUAGUCUAUAAGGCGAUACGGUCGACGAUUGCACCAGACGCUAUACAAGUAGUCUCGCAAAUUGCCGCAAAAAGCGGUAGUCAAGUUCGUCGGCAGCGUAUCAGUAGUCAAAGAGGUGAAGUCAACUUUAUUGCUGGAUGGUCGCGUUCCUCGCAACACGCUACCAUCAGACCCGGCAGCUACAGAAGCAAAAGCAACGCUCUCACGACUAUCGUUGCGUGACAGGCACAAUCGGAUUCAAGUGAAGCGUACCCAUCUCAUUAAUAUGGAAAGCCGAUUAAGUUGCCGCGAAGGAAGAGGAGAAACGUUCUUCGACGCCGCGAUUCUUUUCGAAAGCCGCGUGUUCUUUCAUCGGUUAAGAGGGAUUUUUCUGACCUCUGAAAGUCGUUCGCGAUGACUGACAACGGUGAUUAACUAUCCCUGGUUCAUGAUUCCCCGCAUAUCAUGGUCGUAGCUACAUAAUGAUGAUGUGGAUACGUGAAAGGAAAGCUAGUUAAUCGCGUUGUCGUGCAGUCGAGCAUGAAGAUUCGCGCUCUCGUCGCUAUCUAACCGUGCAAUAUAGAUUAUUAAGAAGCGUCGAAACUUUGUUCGUUCGUGACGUGUUCGUUGCGCGUUCUCGUUAUCGCGGUAACGCUAACAUUUUCAUUGCCAUUCUCAAAUUCGAGUUAUCGUGACUGAAUUUAAAAAAAAAUCGAGUGGCCUUAAAUCUCAGAUUGUUCGUUGCAUUUAAUGGCUGUGACUUCUAGGGACCAAGACUGUGCGUUGUAAUUGUAUCAGGCAAGCCGGAUUCGAGCGAAAGUCUGUACGCCGCGCUCUACUUGAAGUAUUUUAUUCGUAUCUUUUUUUCUUUGACUUGAAACAUUUCACUCGAACGUGUAUCCGAGCGUAUUUUAUUUUCAAACGGAAGACCAACUGACGGAGACACACAGAUGGAGAUAUAUAUCAGACGUUUUAUUUAUAUACAUACCUUUAAAUAAGUGUACAAAGAUGUUAUAAAAAAACUGAGUGCUAAGUAUAUAUGUAUAUACACAGUGUGUGUUUCGCGAGAGGCGCGGUUCACUCGCUGAUAGAUAUUUUAACAAACCGAUUUAUUUUUUAAACAAGUUUUUAGCUAAGUUAUCGUUAGAUGUUACGCGUCACAUCGUAAAGUGAAACAGUAGGAAUCAGACGUAGACGCAAAGUAUCGUGAUUGCGUCGGGUUAUAUCCUAUUUCCGGUAUCGAUUCGCACGUGCGCGAUCGACGGAACGCCUCAAAUAAAUUAUAUAAUAUAUAAUAUGAUGUUAUACACGUGCUUUGUUAUAUCUAUUGUUGUGUUACUAUCAAUAUCACAGAGAGAAAAUAUCGUGAAAUAUCGAUUUAAAGCUUUUAAUUUGGAUAAUGCAUAUUGAAUGUUAUAUCGAUAACACGUUACACGUGUUAUCUCAUAGUAUUUUGAUAAUGGUCGGAUUAUCGUUGUAUACGUUUACCAAUGUAAGGAGAGUAUGUUGCGGAAUUAAAAGAAAAACGAGUCAAUCUAU